AUGAGCACUGAAAGUACCUUAGGCGAUGAGCUCGAAGAAGGGGAAGUUGUCGAUGAUGGUGGUUUGCAUAAUGCUAAAGUUCCCGAGAAUUUGGACGGAAGCCAAAAUCUUGGAAUUUCUGCCGAAGAAACUGCCGACUCUUUUAGUGGCCGUGCAAAUCCCGCAGAACUGAGCGCGCGUAUACUCCAAAAUGGGGGCGGUUCGGAAGACGAGUCAAACGAUGGUAAUGGUGGUGAUGGAAGCAAUACCGAAAAAAGUGAGCCGUGUGAGUCGGGAGAUGAUUACGAGAUCUGCGAAUCGACAGAGGGGGAAUUCUCUGGUGAGGAAGCCAUUUUAAAAAUUCGAGAUUUAAUAGGAGAGGAUGACGAGAACGUCCAUGCCUUUACUCUUAAAUUACUCAGUCAUAUUUCACAUAAAUAG